AUGGACAACCUGCAAAAGAUCGAUCUACUUCAAGCUGAAGUUGACGAGACUGAUCAAAGCUAUCUUCGCCUUCUGGUCAAUAAUCAAUCUAUAAAAUACAUUACCAUCGACCCUGGCGUCUACAGCGCCGAAGAUAUGUGCUUUGGCCCUUCUCUAACCUUGAUUUUGCCAGAACUCCCGCCCGGAGAUUGGAAUGAUGGACUGGUUACCAAAGGCGCUAAGGAUGGCCGAGCAUAUUUUGCUUCCGUCAAGUCCACUCAAUUCCCUGGGGUGCAAAAUCACUGGCAUGGGACAUACGUGGACUACUUGGGGCUUUCAGUCAGACGAAAAUUACGAACAGGUCUCUACGAGGUCAAGUGCCCAUCACUCGAUUGUACUGUUGUCGCCAAAUUCGCACGCUUCCCCUGGGAAAUUCAAUACAUUGAGAACGAAACCUCCGCAUAUCAAUGGAUAUCGGGAUAUGAUAUUGGGCCCCAAUUUCUAGGUCACGUGACUGAAAAUGGCCGGGUGAUUGGAUUCUUAAUGGAACACAUAACCAACGCGAGGCACGCGGGCGCUCAGGAUGUUGAAAUCUGCAGGGAGGUCUUGUCUCGGCUACAUGGCUUGGGGAUCCUUCAUGGGGAUACAAAUCGAUUCAACUUCCUCAUUCACGACUCUAAAGCUACGUUGAUCGAUUUUGACACGGCUCAGAAAUGUGACGACCCAGACGCACUUAAGCAGGAGAUGGAAAAUUUACCAGGAUGUCUCAAAGACCUCUCGUCAAGAGGAGGAGGAGGAGGACUUCCCUGAAAGGAUCGUUCUGACUUCACAGAAAUGGUUAUUGGUAGAGGGCAUCCUACUUUCUAAGAUGAUAUAUGUUGAUGCUCCUUGGGCUACCUCCUGUAUUUCUGUACCUGGUCCAACCUUAACUGAAUUUAUGACCUAUUACUGCCGGUCCAAGAUCAGAAGAGAGAACUGUAGAU